AUGACGAUGGUUAGCAGUGGCGGAUCCGCCUCGGUGGAAACGCGGCAGUACGACGUUGCCAUCGUGGGCGGCGGCAUUAUCGGGUUGUCCACCGCGAUGCAGCUGCUGGAACGCUCGCCCGAUCUGAGCGUGGCGGUGAUCGAGAAAGAGGAGCAGUUGGCCCAGCACCAGACGGGUCACAACAGCGGCGUCAUCCACUCCGGCAUCUAUUAUCGCCCGGGCUCCUGGAAGUCGCGGUUCUGCGUGGGCGGCAAGGAUCGCCUCAUCGCCUUCUGCGACGAAAACGAGAUCGACUACGAUCCGUGCGGCAAGGUGAUCGUCGCGAGCCACGAGAGCGAAUUGGGGCGCCUGGACGACCUGUACGAUCGCGGCGUCGCCAAUGGCGUGCCCGACCUCGAGGUGGUGGGACCGGAGCGGUUGAAGGAGAUCGAGCCGCACACCUUUGGCAUCAAGGCGCUCUGGGCGCCGCACACCGGUAUCGUCGAUUACGUGCGGGUGGCAAACGCCUACGCGGGCAAGUUCCAGUCCGCUGGGGGCGAUAUAUUCACCGGAGCGGCGGUGAUACGGUCCAGGCAGACCGGCGUCGGCACCGCCCUGGAGACGGAACGCGGCGCCGUGCAAGCACGCCACGUGAUUAACUGCGGCGGCCUGUACGCGGACAAGCUGGCGAGGAUGAUGGGCGAGGAGACCGACGUGCGCAUCAUCCCGUUCCGCGGCGAGUACUACAAGCUGACCGCAUCCAGCGAAGGCUUGGUGAAGGGGCUGAUCUAUCCGGUGCCCGACCCACGGUUCCCGUUCCUGGGCGUGCAUUACACGCGGAAUAUCCACGGCUACGUGGAGGCAGGCCCCAACGCUGUGCUGGCGUGGGCGAGGGAGGGAUACCGCAAGAGCAACAUCAGCCUGGGAGAAACGGCGGGCGCGCUCACUUACCCGGGUUUUUGGAAGAUGACCGCACGACACUGGAAGACGGGCAUGCGGGAAAUGCACCGGUCCUACAGCAAGUCCGUGUUCGUCAACGACUUGAAGAAGCUCAUUCCCGAAAUACGCCCCGAGCACCUGGAACCGGGCGGCAGCGGCGUGCGCGCACAGGCGGUGUCCUCAUCCGGCGCAAUCCUGGACGACUUCCAUAUCCUGCGGGGACAGCGCGCGCUGCACGUGUUGAAUGCUCCGUCCCCGGGAGCGACAUCCUCGCUGGCCAUCGGCGAAUACCUGACGGACAUGGCGGUUGAGGACUUCAGGCUGGUCGUUCGCUGA